AUGUCUUCGCUAUUUUGGAUCUGUCAAUUUCUUAAAGGGCAUGCGAGCAAAUACACAAUUUACGAAAGAAAUCUAAGAUACUAUGUGCAACGCACUCCGUACCUCCGACCCUUGAUUGAUGAAAUCAACGAACCGUCUGUCCCUAUAACUAUAAUUCUGGAACGCUUGCAAGGAGACCUUCUAGAAGGGUCUGCUACGAAAACCCUUAAUCGACGGGAAUUAAAAUACGUGUCGCGAUGCGUCUUUAAGGGAAUCAAUAUUUUACAUGAGGACGGGUUCGUGCACGCAGGUACGACGCUAAUUUCCAUGAGCCAUGGAACACUACCGCUGACAUAUGGUCAUUCGCUCAUCAGUCUCAUUUACGGUGGACGCCUCAACCUUUUCAGACCCAAGGGAAUGAAACAGGACAAUGAAGAGUACUCAUGUGGGGUUAUAGAGAAUCAACUCAGAUUCUUUGCUCCUUACCCAGCCAAAAUUGCUGAAAUUGCGCACAUAGAAGCGGCUCUAUCCAUUCUUUACCUCGUGCAAACAAUUGCGCAGAAGAGGAAGACUUCAUUCAUACAGGUUACUGAGAAGGAAGUAACCAAAAGAGACAAUAUCUUCAUAUCCAAGAUGAUGAAGCUUGACUGGAGAGACCCCCCAACAGCGAAGGAGCUGCUGGAAGACGAUUGGUGGAAAAAUGAUGAUGAAUGA